CAAUUAAUUAAUUAAUUAAUAGAAGAAAUCUACAGCAAUGCAGUAAUAGUAUCAAAUUUUCAGUUACUAAUGCAUGCUGAAAUUGUGUUACUAUUGCAAUUAAUUAAUUUACCACCAUUUUCAUAUACCCUCUUGACCCUCCACAUUCCUCCACCUAACUCAGACCUUCCAUUUUCUGCUCUGCUGCUAUAAAUUUUGCUUUUGCUAAUGUCAAUCAACUCAUGCACCUUUCCUUUUCUGCUUCUUCCUCUGAACCAUGGCAUCCGCUUGCAUACUCUGUUCAUUACUUUUCUUUGCACCUUUCCUAACAGAAGCAGCUACUGCCGGUUUCACUGUUGAUUUUAUCCACCGUGAUUCCCCGCUUUCGCCGCUCUACAACCCUCUAGAGACCCAGUUUGAUCGCUUCUACAACGCCUACCAUCGCUCAAUUGCCCGUGUCAACCGUUUGAGGACCAAGUCAAGUUCAUCCAAGGCCCUGCAAUCCCAUAUUAUACCAAGCGGUGGAGAAUAUUUCAUGAACUUCUCAAUUGGAACGCCGCCAGUAGAGGUGUUCGCCAUUGCUGAUACCGGCAGCGAUCUCACUUGGGUCCAAUGCAAGCCCUGCGACCAAUGUUACGACCAGAAAUCUCCUCUCUUCGACCCCGAACAAUCCUCCACCUACAAAAACGUCGCUUGUGGAGCCGAUUCCUGCCAUGCCCUCGGUAGUUCCGAACGUUCCUGUGACCGGAAGCAGGAUUACUGCAAAUACAGUUACCAUUACGGAGAUCAGUCAUUUACAAAGGGGAACGUUGCCACCGAAAAUCUCACCAUUGGCUCGACCACCGGUGGCCCGGUUUCUUUACCGGAAAUUAUUUUUGGUUGCGGACACAACAACGGAGGGACCUUUGAUGGUGCAGGAUCUGGUAUUGUGGGUCUUGGUGGCGGUCCGCUUUCCUUCGUUUCCCAAGUUAGUGCUACGAUCGGCGGGGAAUUUUCUUACUGUUUGGUUCCUACGUCGACGUCCAAGGCUACAAGCAAGAUAAUUUUCGGAAAUAGUGACGGAAUUUCCUCCCCCGGCAUGGCUACGACUCCUUUAAUCGAGAAAGAACCUUCGACGUAUUACUACGUCACACUGGAGGCCAUCAGCGUCGGCAAUAAGCGGAUACCCUACGCCACCUCCUCGAUGGAACACGGCAACAUGAUUGUUGACUCUGGGACGACACUUACGUUACUGGAUUCCGAACUCUAUGACAAGCUGGAGUCUGCUCUGGAGGAAGCCAUCAAUGCAGAACGUGGAAGCGACCCUAGAGGGUUUCUGAGCCCCUGUUUCAAGGAGGCGGGGAAGGGUGGCGCCUUAAAUCUUCCGGUGCUGACGUUUCAUUUUACCGGUGCGGACGUGCAGUUGCAGCCGUACAACACGUUUGCGAAAGUGGAGGAUGACCUGGUGUGCUUCGCCAUGGUGCCGUCGAAUGAUAUUGCCAUUUUUGGGAACUUGGCUCAGAUGGACAUCAUGGUUGGGUACGAUCUUGCGAAGAGGACUCUUUCAUUUGCCCCAACCGACUGCACCAAGCAUUAAGAACUUUAGAUUGUCCAUUGAUUAAAAACUGGAUAAGUUCAAGGGGUCAAUAAUUAGGAGUUUUCGCUUUUGGAAAUGAACUUGCUAAUGUAAUUACAAUAAGCAUUAAGGGAGUUG